AUGGCUACCACAAAUUCAUCACCAAUUCCUAACACGUAUCGUCAGGCCGCAAAGCAUCCUCAAUGGCAAUCUGCUAUGGAGACUGAAUUCCAAGCUCUACAAAACCAAAACACCUGGACUCUGGUCCCCGCACCAACAAACAAACCGGCACCGCGACAAUGGUUCCAAAAACUCACCGGAUUCCUCCAAACUCACGGUUUCAGGUUUAGUCACUCCGAUCCUUCGUUAUUACUUCAUACUCACAACAAUACUCAUCAUUAUCUCCUAAUCUACGUCGAUGACAUUCUUGUCACAGGUGACAAUUCGGAGGCAAUCCAAACACUUAUCCGAGAUAUGCAAACUCAAUUUGCUAUGAAACAACUAGGCCAAAUUGACUUCUUUCUCGGUAUCCAGGUUCAGCACACAAAAUCUGGCUACUUCCUUACACAAAUCCACCAUGCUACCAAAUUGCUUCAUGAUAAUGGAUUUGCUGACUAUAAAGCCGCACCCACUCCAUUCAAUCCAAUCACCAAGAAUUCGCAAAACAACAUUCAACCUUUUGCGGAUACAUGCCUCUAUCUCCGCCUCGCUGUAUCACUUCAGUACCUCACUAUAACCCGACCGGACAUUGCCUACGCUACAAACCGCAUAUGCCAACAUCUGCAACAACCAACUUGUCAAGACUACCAAUAUUUAAAAAGCCUACUAAGGUAUAUCAAAGGGACCCUCUCUCUCGGUCUACCCAUCACCAAAGGAAAAUUGAUCUUGCAAACCUACACCGAUGCCGACUGGGCAGCCAAUCCAACCGACCGGAAAUCAGUUUCCGUCUUCUGCACUUUUCUAGGCCCCAACUUAAUUUCUUGGACAGUAAAGAAACAAAUCACUGUGGCAAAGUCCUCCACAGAGGCUGAAUAUCGGGCACUCUCGGCAGCAACAUCCAAAGUAAUUUGGAUCAGAAGACUAGUGGAAGAACUCCAGCUAGUUCAGUAUUCUCCCACACCAAUUCACUGCGAUAACAUCUCCGCUAUUGCAAUUGCCAAGAAUCCUAUUUUUCACGCCCGCACAAAGCAUAUUGAAAUUGACUAUCAGUUCAUCAGUCAACAUCUAACAGUCGGCAACAUAGUUAUUUAG